AUGCCGGCGAAGAGGAGGACAGGCUGCAGCGCGAGACGGGGAGGAGGUCUCGCUGGGGCAGCCGCUGGGGCAGCCUCUGGGGAGGAUGAAGCGGCGACCGCGAUUGGCGGGGCAGCUGUAGGGGCAGCAGCGGUGAAGACGGCAGUGGAGGGGGCAGCGCCUGAGGGCACGGGGGCAUCGCCUGAGGGCACGGGGGCAGGGCCUGAGGGCACGGGGGCAGCGCCUGAGGGCACGGGGGCAGGGCCUGAGGGCACGGGGGCAGGGCCUGAGGGCACGGGGGCAGGGCCUGAGGGCACGGGGGCAGGGCCUGAGGGCACGGGGGCAGCGCCUGAGGGCACGGGGGCAGGGCCUGAGGGCACGGGGGCAGCGCCUGGGGGCACGGGGGCAGCGCCUGGGGGCACGGGGGCAGGGCCUGAGGGCACGGGGGCAGGGCCUGAGGGCACGGGGGCAGGGCCUGAGGGCACGGGGGCAGGGCCUGAGGGCACGGGGGCAGGGCCUGAGGGCACGGGGCCAUGCGCAAUGGUUGCGGAGGCGACCGGAGGGGCAGCGAGGAGUGGUGGUAACAAGAAGAACAAGAGGAGGAAGAGGUGGGAGGAGGAAGGAGUGGCAGCCCCUGUGAAGGGCGCCGCUGCCCCUCGAGCCACCCGCCCCGCACUGCCCCGGGGGAGACCAAAGUCGGGCCGCGUGUGGAAGGAGCCCGUGACGAGACGGUUCUCAGACCUGGUACGAGACAAACCACUUCGCACCUCGUGGGAGACGAAGUUACAGAAGCGGAGGGAGCGGAAGGACACUCAGAGCCUGCAGCUGCAGCUGCGGAGCGCCCGGGAGAGGGAGAAAGAGGAGAAGAAGCAGCGACGGGAUGAGAAUCUGAGACGCCGGGCGGAGAAUGAGUUGCGAAGACGCGGAGGAGUUCCUCUGUCGGUGCGUGGCGCUGCGAAGGUGAAACGAGCAAAGCGGAAAGCCGAGAUGCAGAAGAAGAAGAAGAAGACGCGGACACAGUGACAACAUCAUCAUCAUCAUCACACUCAUCACACCAUCAUCAUCACCAUCAUCAUCACACCAUCAUCAUCACCAUCA